GACCAAUGAGCUUUGUAGAUCACCUGAAAAAUGUAAGAGCAUCAACAAGCCAGAGCCAAAGAGACAGAACAACAAAAGUCCCUGGAAUGAUCAAAAUUUUGCAGCGCCCGAAAAAAAGAAUGAAAAAGUCUAAUCAAACAACACAUGUUGAAGCACAAACAACCGAGGAAAUUCAAAACCGGAACCAAAAAAACGAAACCACUGCCUCCAUGUAUCAUGAACCAUGGGGGCCUAACAGAUAUGCUUACAGCCCUAAACGAAACAACAAAGGCAAUAACAGGAUUCGAAAAGUUAUUAAGAAGCUUGUCCGAACAAUAAGCGAUCCAUUUGGACAGGUCAUAAAUUUGUCAAACUUUAAAUUUUCCUUAAGUGAAUUUAAACUAUUAAACAAAAACCUCAACUUUUGUCCAACACCCUUACCUUACAAAACAAAAGAACUGGAAGAAGACAUGAAGGAAUUUUUUCGAAAAAUCAAACUUAAAGCCCAUUUUAACAACAAUGAAGAAACACUAGAAGAUGAAGAAGAAACUGACGAGCAACAAACAGACGAAGAAAGAAUAUUUAGGAAGAAAAGUAGAUGGACAAUAUACAAUGUACAUCGUACAGUCAAAACUUUUAUAGAAGAGGUAAAAAGCGAUAUUUACUCAACACCUAAGGUACCUCUACCCAAAAAUAACCUCUCAAAAAAAGAAAUAAAAGCCAUAAAUGAUUUAAAACAAAGAACUGACAUUAUCAUAACCAAAGCAGACAAAGGGGGGGCAGUUGUAAUAAUUGAUGUAAAAGACUAUAUAAAAGAAGCAAACAGACAGUUAGGUAAUACCCAGUUCUAUUUAACCAUUGAUGAAGAUUUAACCAAUAAACACAAUAAAAUGAUAAAUGAUUUAAUCGACAGGUAUAAAGAAGAGAAAUUAAUACAAUCUAAAAUUGGAGAAGCGUUAAAAACAGCUAACCCUAAAACACCUAGGUUCUACAUGCUACCGAAAAUACAUAAACCAAACAAUCCCGGUCGACCGGUGGUAAGCUCAGUAGCUUGCCAUUCUAGCCAAAUCUCUAAAUAUGUAGACUACCACUUAAAUCCAGUAGCACAGCGACUAAGUUUCUACAUAAGAGACACCACAGAUUUUAUUAAUGAAUUAUCGUCAGUUAAAGACCUACCACAUAAUACAGUACUUAUUUCCAUGGAUGUCAGAUCCCUUUACACUAAUAUCCCUACAAAUGAAGGCCUUGAUGCUGUUAACCCUUUCCUCACGAAGAGCCUCUUUAGAGGCUUUGCCUUGCGACCCUGUGAACACGAUAAGCCUCUUUAG